CAUGCAUUGAAGAGAACUGUAAUAUCAGGACACGAGGGAAGUAUGGCGAAACUCACUUGAAAGAAGAAAGUGUGAUUAUGAUUUUAUUAUACAGUGAAGGGAAAUCAGUAUUUACAUUUGCUUUGCCCGCACUACUCAUACGUGCGUGGACAUGUCGUAAUUUUAGCGUCAAUAAUAAUGACGCGAAACAUUUUCUUUCGCGCAAGGUUAAGUCCUACGUUUCUCCAACUUCAACGUAUACAACCGAAACAAAAUUUAAGAAUAAAAAGCAGUCAUACUGGAAGAGUGUUGUUGGACUGGAAAUUCAUGCCCAGAUUACAUCAACGUCCAAACUCUUUUCUCAAGCUGGGACUGAAUUUGGUGUGCCAGUGAAUGCAAAUGUAUCAUUCUUUGAUGCAGCUAUCCCUGGCACUCUGCCUAUGUUGAAUCGAAGGUGUGUUGAGGCCGGAGUACUCACAGCUUUAGCACUCUCAUGCAGGGUGAAUCCCGUUUCCUUCUUUGAUCGAAAACAUUAUUUCUACUCGGAUCUCCCUGCUGGUUAUCAAAUCACACAGCACAGAGUUCCUUUGGCACAAGAAGGAGUAUUAGAGUUUCAUGUGUUCACUCCUGGUUCCCAUCAUAAACCUUAUAGUAAGAAAUCUUGUAUCAAGCAGCUUCAGUUGGAACAGGACAGUGGCAAGUCACUUCAUGAUGAAGAGGCUUGUAGGAGUCUGGUUGAUCUGAACCGUGCAGGAAUACCGCUUAUGGAGCUGGUAUUUGAACCUGAUCUUGAGGAUGGAGAAGAGGCAGCAGCCUUGGUUAAAGAGCUGAUGCUCAUUCUGCAACGUUUGGGUACAUGCUCAUGUAAAAUGGAAGAGGGAGCUUUAAGAGUGGAUGCCAAUGUGUCAGUUCAUCAUGAAGGAGAACCAUUAGGUGUACGGACUGAAGUGAAAAAUAUUGGAAGUGUAAGGGCAGUAGGACAUGCCAUCCAAUAUGAAAUUCACCGCCAAGUUAAGGUACUUGAAGCAGGAGGAGUAAUUAUUAAUGAAACACGUGCAUGGGAUGCUGACAGUAAGCAGACUGUUCCUAUGCGAGACAAGGAAGAGAAACAGGAUUACCGUUACAUGCCAGAACCAAAUCUUCCACCACUGCGGGUUCUGCUGAAUGACCAACCAGCUGUACCAAACACUUACAGAGAUCAUAUAAAUGUUCAGUGCCUUAGAAGAAAAUUGCCAGAAUUGCCAAGUGAAACGAGGGCAAAGUUAACAAACAAAUAUGGAAUAUCACCAGAAUCUGCAGCCAUAUUAGUUAAUGAAAAUGUUCUGUUGCAACAUUUUUAUGAUAUAAUGGAAGAAAAAAAGAGUCGUGAUCCAAAACUAUCAACAAAUAUUUUAAUCAUGGAGCUCCUUACUAUAUUAAACAAGAAAAAAUUGUCACUGGAAGCCAGCCCAUUUCCUUCUCAUACUCUGGGAGAGAUAGUGGAUCUUCUACAAAGUGAGAAAAUAAAUCUAGUUACUGCACGGAAGAUACUUCAGGAAAUCAUAUCUGGUAAUUCUAUGUCUCCAUCAGAGGUGGUGGAGAAGUAUGAAUGGACUCAAAUCACCAAUCCAAGUGAAAUUGAAAAAGUGUGUACAGCAGUAAUAGAGCAAAAUCCAAAGCUGGUGGAACAGUUUUGUUCUGGAAAAACUAAAGUAUUUAAUUCUCUUGUAGGAAAAGCCGCUAAAAUAACAGAGAACAGGGCUAACAUGGCAACCGUAGUUCAAGUACUCACAGCCAAAUUAAGGAAAAUACAGAAUCCUUAAAUCGUAAUAGAAACCACUGUAUCAUGUUUAAAAUAAAGGUAUUUUAUAAGGAGAAUAUCAACUUUGUGAAUUUUCACGCAAAAAUCUUUGUCUCCAUGUAUCAUGUAUACACAUUGGUAUACAAGUGAACCAACAGAAAAAUAUCUGAAAGCCAUGACAAAACUUUAUAUGUCAUGUCUUAAGCAUUUUCACUGUCACUGCUAAAUGUUUAGCUAACUGGGGAAACAGUUGGACAAACCCUUGCUGUAAAUGUUUCCUUGCUUUUCAGUCAAAUCACAGUUUUUUUGUGUGUGUAUCCCCCCUAACUGUGCAAACUUUUAAAAGCCUAGAAUCUCCAUUUAUGUUUCUAUGUCACCAAACCCUCAUUAACAUAAAUUUUAAAUAAAAUUCAAAACAGUAUCCUUGCUUUAAUCCUUUGCGUACUCUAAAUUCUUUCAACAACUUUUUCUCAACCCUUACAUAGCCUACGAUGUCUUCAUAAAAGUUCCUUACUGUUUUAACAUAUGCUGCAUUUAUUGCUAACUCUCCAACAAUCUACAUUGUCUUGAACCUCCUACAGAUCAAUGAAUGUCAAAUGCAAGACUCAUUCAUGAGUUGAUCUCAUUUUGUACGACUGAUUUAAUGUAAAAACACUGCCAAUAUAUGAACCUCCUCUGUUUCAUCUGUUCCUUUCAGAAUUCUCCCACACAUAAGCCCAAUGAAAUCCAUGACUGUCCUUGCCUGGCAAUUCUUAUACCUGUUCUUUUAUCUUUCCUAACAUUUGAUGUUACCCACUUUAUUUUCUAUAUAAACACUCAAUGAACAAUGAGAGGUCACAGAAGUCACUGUUUUGUUGUGAAAGAAGAAUGAAAACAUUGAGAAUGGUUGACUUAAGGCAUUCUUGAGCAUUGUAUUGACAAAAUAAUGACUGCUGCUAAAAUCAUAAAAACUCUAAUGACAAAUGUGAGGAAUAAGGGCACCUCAUAUUACGUUCAACAUGGUUCAGUCCCCUUGUCAGUGUGACAUUUUACAUGUGGGGGUUAAUCGCUUGGUAAAUAUAAAUUUUCAUAAAACUGAAUAAUAAAAAUAUAGCAUGUUCUUGACUACUUUUAUAUAGAACUAGAAAUUUCUACCAAAAUCCCACAGCCAACAUUUUAUAACACUUCUUGCAUGAUGUACUUACAGACUGUCCACUUUAAUAGUUAAGGUACGGAUAUGCAUAAACUUCACUUAACUGUCCAGGAGAUGAGCCAUUAUCAGUACUGUCCUUAAAAGUAUAAGAAAUUAAAACAGGAACCUUGGAUUUUCGACCAGAAUGGCACAAUUCAAAGCAGACAGUCAGUACUAUAAAACCAUAUAAAGGUAAACUUUCUGUUGAAAAAUGUGUCUUCAAAAUUUGAUACCAUGCAGAAAAUACAAAAAAACGUUUACAGAAGUUAAUUUAUAAUUUAUUUAAAAUAAGCAGCAACAAAAUAUUAACAUAAAAAUGGAAUUAUAUAUAUUCUCAUAAUAAUGCAGAAAUGACCAGAAACAUUCAUUACAUUGAAUCAAAAUAUAAUAUAUGCCUAAUAUGACUCUGUACACACAAAUCUGUAGAAAUACAUUUACUGCAAUACACUGUACAUCAAGUUGUACCAUUGCAACACAAUGAGUCCAUGCUUUACCACGUCCCAUGCCAUUGCAAGAGAACUCUGGUGAAAGCCAAUGGACUUCCAGUGUAAAAAGUACAGUAGUAUACACUCAAAAUGUUGUAUUUCUAUAGCUUUCCAUAACAGUAGGGGAAAAAAAAGAGCAUUAAAUUAUUUAGUUGGACAUUAACUUUAGAAAAGAAGCGACUCUCAACAAUCUUCAUUAUAUUUACUCUCAAUACAGGUGAUUCAAUUGUAAACAUAAAGUGGGGUAUAAAGCAAUGUAAGAAAAGACUAUUUCAUUCAGGGUAACCAUACAUCUUACUUUCUUCCGUCAUUUUUUUUAAA